AUGCAUCAUUCUUUCAUUGCAGCGAGCUUCAUGGUUGGAGCUGUUACAGCUUUUCCGUUUGUCGCUAAAAUGCCUGGUGUCGACUCUAGUCUAUUACACAGACAAAAACAGCAGCAACCAGACACUACUUUUUGCCCAUUCAAUGCAAAUCACAUCGAUACUCCGGGUAUUUCAGAUACUUACCCAUAUAACGGUGCUAAGAAUGGUCUUCCAGGGCAAGGGAAGGGAGGGUAUCAGGUCCCAGCUCCUGGAGAUACUGAUCAUCAAUUCAUCGCUCCAAAAUCGUCUGAUAUUCGUGGGCCUUGCCCGGGGUUGAAUGCUGCCGCCAAUCAUAAUUUUCUUGCUCGAGAUGGCAUCACAACAUAUAAUGAGCUUGUUGAUGCUCAGCAAAACUUGUAUAACGUUGGCUAUGAAUUGGCCAAUCUUCUUGCUGUUCUCGGCCUUACAUUAACCGAUGGCGAUAUCGUAACCGAAAAACUUUCCAUCGGAUGUGAUGCCACUUCAAGAACGUAUUUCUUACCAGGGACAGGUGGUUCAGAACCGGGCUUGAAUGCACACAACAAAUUCGAGGCUGAUACAUCCCUCACACGCAACGAUCAUUUCCUUGCUGAUGGCGAUAAUUAUUCAUUUAACGGAACACUUUUUGGAAUGAUGACGGAAACUACAGGUGGCAAUUACAAUCGUGACGGACUUGCUAGAUACCGAGCCCAGCGUUACCAACAAUCACUCAAGGACAACCCGGAUUUCUAUUUCGGCCCCGCUUCUCUGCUCCUCUUUGGUGCUGCCUCUUUCUUGUACGAGUUGAUGCCAUCUGGGACAAGAAAUUACACACCAGAUUAUGAUACCAUUUCUUCAUUUUUCGGUGCUAAGCAGAAUCCAGAUGGCUCAUAUUCUUUCACGGGCGAGGAAAAAAUCCCAGAUAACUGGACGAACCGUGCCACCCCAUAUUCCCAUACUGAAGCCACAAAUGAGAUUCUUGCUCUAUAUCUCCAAGAACCAGUUUUGUUCGGUGGUGCUACCGGAAAUGGUGGCUUUGAUCUCAUCAAUUUUGGUUCCAUCAAAAACGGAACAUUGAUUGCAACGCCUGGUUCUCUGGAGGCCUCUUGCUUGCUCUAUCAACUUGCUACUCAGAAUAUUCCUUCUUCGUUGAAUAGUGUUUUUGCUCCCUCUAUCACCGCACUUGAAUUUGUUACGAAAAAAUUGGAUCCCUUGUUUGGAAAUUUGGGAUGUCCAACUACUCUUGCAUAA